ACUUCCAGAGGGAGAGAUGCUCAUCGUGAGAGAGAGAAAGAGAGUGAGUGAGAGAGAGAGAGAGACCAUUCCGUGUUCAGUGUGUCGGUCGCAUACAACGGAUUCACACAGGCGCACAUUGAUUAAACUUUCUGCUACAUCAAACCGUGGUUUCUACACAGCCAUCAAGGAAGAGGACUAUGAGGGUGAAGCCCAGCUCCCUUAAAGGACGUAAAAACCAGUGCAGAUAGAGGAUUGGCGUUCUGUGCAAAUACCACAAUUCCACCAUGAGGACUUGCUUGCUGACCAUGAUAUGGGCGUGCUUGUCCCUUUAUGUGAACUCCACAUCUAUUAGCAGAAAGACUGUGUUAGAGAUGGGAGGAGAGGAGGACAGAGAUGGAGGACAGAGUUGGAGGACAGAGAAGGGAGGGAAGAUACUGAAACGUUUCAAACGAGGAUGGAUGUGGAACCAGUUCUUUCUACAGGAAGAGUACACUGGGAGUGAUAAGCAGUACAUUGGCAAGCUUCAAUCUGACAUGGACAAGAGGGAUGGAACCCUGAAGUACAUUCUAACCGGGGACGGGGCUGGAGACAUAUUUACUAUUGAUGAAAACAAUGGUGACCUCCAUGCCAAUAAGAGACUGGACAGAGAGGAGAAGGCCUUCUAUACCCUCCGAGCCACCGUAGUCAACAAGAACACAGGCCUGAAACUGGAGCCUGAGACAGAGUUCAUCGUUAAACUUCAUGAUAUCAAUGACAAUGAGCCUAAGUUCGCAAAGGAACUUUACAUUGCCAGUGCACCUGAGAGGUCUAAUAUAGGUACUUCAGUCACCCAGGUAACAGCCACGGAUGCAGAUGACAGCAUGUACGGGAACAGCGCUAAACUACGAUACAGCAUCAGCCAGGGGCACCCAUACUUCUCUGUGGACCCAAACACAGGUAUCAUCAGGACAGCCCUGGGGCCUGGAGAGAUGGACCGGGAGAAGCGGGAGCACUACCAGGUGGUGAUUGAAGCCAAGGACAUGGCAGGCCAAAGGGGAGGCUUAACUGGAACCACCACAGUCAACAUCACCCUGACCGACGUCAACGACAACCCCCCACGCUUCUCUCAGAGUAUAUAUCAGUUCAGCGUUCCAGAGUCUAUAAAAACUGGAAUCCCAGUUGGGAGAAUCAACGCAGUAGAUAAAGACCUUGGGAAGAAUGCGGAGAUGUACUACAGUGUUGUCAGUGGGGAUGGUUUGGACAUGUUCGAUGUCAUCACGGACAAAGACUCACAGGAAGGCAUCAUUACUGUUCUAAAGCCACUGGAUUAUGAAAAGACCCGAUCCUAUACACUGGAGAUCCAGGUACAGAACACGCAGACCUUGGACACUCGCUUCCUGGGGUACCUACCCAACAAGGACAUGGCCACAGUCAGGAUCGGCAUAGAAGAUGUGGAUGAGCCUCCUCUGUUUGAGAAAGCCAGCUACAUGAUGGAGGUGAAGGAGGAUGCAGCCGUGGGUACUGCAGUAGGGUCUGUCAGGGCUAUGGACCCGGAUGGAUACAACAGUCCAGUCAGAUACUCCAUUGAUCGUCGUACUGAUCUAGACAGGCUUUUCAACGUGCAUUCUGGGAAUGGGUCCAUAUUUACCAUAAGACCUCUUGACCGAGAAGAAGCUGCCUGGCACAACAUUUCUGUUAUCGCAACAGAGUUCAACAAACCUCUGCAGACCAGUUGGGUGCCAGUCUAUGUCCGUCUUCUAGAUGUCAACGACAACGCACCCAAGUUUGCCUCUUUCUACGAGACGUUUGUUUGUGAAAAGACUAAGGCUGGACAGAAGAUCCAGACGGUGAGUGCUGUGGAUGCAGAUGACCCGGUGGGUGGACACAAGUUCUUUUUCAGUCUGGCUAUGGACGGGGCUUACAGAGGCAACUUCACAGUCAAAGACAAUGGCGAUAACACAGCUGGCGUCCUAACCCGGCGCUCCAGCUACAGCCAACUGCACAAGAGCAUCUACCUGGUUCCUGUGGUGAUCACGGACGGGGACUUCCCCAUGCAGAGCAGCACGGGGACGCUGACGGUGCGCGUGUGCACCUGCGACCGCGAAGGCAACAUGGAGCUGUGCAACGCCGAGGCCCAGACCAGCUCAGCUGGACUUAGCACCGGGGCCCUGGUGGCUAUCCUGCUGUGUGUCAUCAUCCUCCUCAUGAUCAUAGUGCUGUUUGCUGCUCUGAAGAGGCAGAAGAAGAAGGAGCCUCUGAUCAUCUCUAAAGAGGACGUGCGAGACAACGUGGUCAGCUACAAUGACGAGGGGGGCGGAGAGGAGGACACCCAGGCUUUCGACAUCGGGGCUCUGCGUAACCCCGAGGCCAUCGAGGAGAGCAAGCAGAGGCGGGACAUCAUCCCGUCGGGCACUCUGUUCCCCCCUAUCAGACGGACAGCCAUCCCGUCGCGGGACAACGCCGAUGUCCGGGACUUCAUAAACCAGCGGGUGCAGGAUAACGACAGUAACCCCACAGCCCCCCCUUAUGACUCUCUGGCCACAUAUGCCUACGAGGGAACCAGCUCAGUGGCUGAGUCUCUGAGCUCCUUGGAGUCAGCAUCCUCUGAAGGGGACCAGGACUACAACUACCUCAGUGACUGGGGGCCCCGCUUCAGGAAACUGGCUGACAUGUACGGGGCUGAGGACAGCGACCGUGAAUCCUAACACACCACCUGAACUGUUUGUGGGUGGGAGCUAGGAGGAUGACUUAUGACUGACUGUAAUCUGUCUUCUCAGAAAAGAAGAUACAUGUUGCAGCCCAAGUUUUUUUACAAAGUGCCCUUUUAUUCCUUCCAACUCAGUAGGACAUAGUUCCUUCUGACGGCCAGACCAGACAGAGACUGUGCAGCUGUGUGGAUUUGUUUUACUGCAAGGCCGACCUUUGAAGAGAGGAUGAACUUCAGUCCCUCAGUUGAAGUUAAGAGCCGGAGUUCAGUGUCAAAAAAACAACAAUAAAAAGAUACAUUUAUUUUUCAUUUCUGUUUACGUCUGUCACUCUAUGCUGCAUUGGAAGGAAAUACAACACUGAUUACACAUUUCUCUGAAUACUUCUGUGUAUUCUUAAGUAAUAUCUCCUUUAGUUCCUCUGUACUGUUACUGAAGUGCAGUAUGUUGUACUUGGUAUAUUUGUGUGUUUUAGUGAAAUGGAACUUUGCUUUUCCAGGAACAAGGAACUGGAAUUGAACAUAUCUUAAGAUAUUCUUCAUACCUUUUUUUGAAAAGUUCAAAUUCUUAAAAAGGAAGGAAAGCCCAGCACCAAAAUAAAACAUUGCUUCAUGAAUGUUUACGGAACCGAAGAAUGGACAGCCACUCUGUACAUAUGCUCUAUUGCUCUAUCAAGCCUUCUGUUACACAGACAAUUCACUAUCUAAGAACAACUCUCUGAAGAUGUGAUUUGACACAAGAACUGUGUGUAUCUAUCUCUGUACAUGAUGAUAACUGCAGAAAUGGAGGGAAAUGAGGAACCAUGCGCCAAGAUUUACAGUGAAUUUCAGCAUCAUCUGACAACAUUAGCAUAAUCCAUCAUUAGUCAAUCAUCAUCAAUCAAUCAUUGUCAUAUUAGACGUGAUUGUUCCAACAAUGUACACACACACACGUGGCUUACUUACA